AUGUCUACAAUUCAAAAAACAAUGUUCAAAUCAAGGCUACCCCCUUUAGCUCCCACAGCAAGGUUUGGCAAAAGAAUGGCCAUGAGAAAACAUGAUUAUAAACCUGUUCAGUGGAAUAAAUAUUUUGAAAAGUUUAUCGAUGUCGCUGUUGACAGUGGACAAUUUAGGGUUUAUUUAUUAGGCUCUGAGGGACCAGUAUUGUUUCUUUUACAUGGUGGUGGUUUAUCAGCAUUAGGAUGGUCAUUAUUUGCUGACUCGGUGACUAAAAUUGUAAAAUGCAGAGUUGUUGCAUUGGAUUUAAGAGGUCAUGGAAGCACUAAAACAGAUGAUGAGUUUAAUCUCUCAGCUGAAACAUUAUCAAAAGAUAUCGGUGGAAUCAUACAAGAACUGUAUCAGGAUGAAUCGCCUCCGAUUAUAUUAGUGGGUCAUAGCAUGGGUGGUGCUAUUGCAAUUCACACAGCUUACAAUAAUUAUAUAUCAUCGCUUAUCGGUUUAGUCGUAAUCGAUGUUGUCGAAGGAACUGCAAUGGAUGCUCUUUCAAGCAUGCAAAGUUUUCUAAGAGGAAGACCUAAAAGUUUUUCAUCUUUGGAAAAUGCAAUCGAGUGGUGUGUUAGAAGUGGUCAAGUACGAAAUGUAGAAUCUGCCAAAGUUUCAAUGCCUGGCCAAAUUGUUAACUGCGAGACUGGUGAGUUAGCCAUUGAGGACAUAUCGAAUGAUGUGUGUAAUUCGCAAACAAGUGGAACCAUGCAUUCAGUUCAAUCUGUUUCGAAUCCAGACAGAAUUCUAGAAGAAAAUGAAAAUGAAGAAGUAUUAGUAAAUGAUAAAUUCAAAACUCCAUUACAAGACACGCCAAAAGCAAAAUACAAAUGGAGAAUAGAUUUAUCGAAAACGGAAUGUCAUUGGCCGGGUUGGUUCAAAGGUCUUUCGAGUUUGUUUUUAAAUUGUUCAGUACCGAAACUACUCAUACUCGCCGGUAUAGACACGCUCGAUAGAGAAUUAACGGUCGGACAAAUGCAGGGAAAAUUUCAAAUGCAAGUUUUACCACAAUGCGGUCACGCGGUUCACGAAGACGUACCGGAAAAAGUUGCCGAAAUUUUAGCAUCGUUCAUGGUUCGAUUUAAAUUUGCAGAAUCGACGAGCGAUUUUCACAGGCCUUUUCCAGGAUGUUGA